AUGGCCGCUGCCAGCGCGCCCAGCGCGCCCCUGCGUGUAGUGAUCAUCGGUGCUGGCGUGGCGGGGCUCAGCGCAGCGUCGUGCCUGAAAGAUGCGAAGUUUUGGAAAAGCAAGGGCCACUUCAACGAAGCUCCAGAGGUUGAGGUGGUGGUUCUCGAAGCCCGUGAUCGAUUGGGCGGCAGAAUCUGCACGGAGCACUUUGCCGACGGCACUGCUGUGGACCUGGGUGCUGCAUGGUUGCACGGCAACUCCGCGUCCAAUCCCUUGCUACGUCUGUCAAAGCUCUGCGGAGCGGAAUUGGUGGAGACAGACUGGGACAAUGCCUUGGUUUUCGAAGCAGCUGGUUCAGAGAAGGAACCAGAGGUAAAGAUGGAAAAGAUCAGCGACGAGAAGUUGAAAAAGGUGGAACACAUCUUUUCGACUUUGAUGAAACUCUACAAGACUAAGCAGCACGCUGACCGCAAAGCUGCCACGGGUGAAUCUAAAGAUCGGAGUUUGAUGGCAACGCUACAAGAGCUCAAGUCGAAGAAAUUCAAGGGGAUCGACAGCUUGGACGAGCGUACCCGGCUGCUGCUGUUGUCGGAGCUGGAUGCUGUCACGGAGCACGACUAUGCGGCGACGCCGGGGGAAUUGAGCACGACCUGGUGGGAUGAAGACGAGGAGUUUCCUGGCGGACACUCACUGUGGAAGCAUGGCUUUGCAUCUCUCAUCGAAUAUCUCAGUCAUGGAAUCAAUGUGAUUUUGAAUGCCCGGGUGGUGCGCAUCUCACACUGCGAAACGAAGGUGUCGAUUCAACUGGAGAAUGGACAUUGCCAUGAAGCAGAUCAUUGCAUUUGUACCAUCCCAUUGGGUGUGCUGAAGCGAGACCAUCCCAUUCUCUUUGACCCAGCGUUGCCCGAAAGCAAGCUGCGGUCCAUCAGCAGACUGGGCGUUGGUACCAUGGAGAAGGUGGCUUUGCGCUUUCAGGAUUGCUUCUGGGAGCAAGGCUCACCACACUCACCACCCGAAGCGCUGCAUUGCAUUUAUCGCAAACCCACCACUGAAGGCCGACGUCAAGCUGGAGCUAUGGAGGCGCCCUACUUUGUGAGUCUGAAACCGGUCACCUCCUCCAACACUUUGGUGGCCUACUACGUCACGGAUGGGGCACGAGAACUGGCCAGUUUGGAAGCAGCGGAACGGGUGAGGCACACCCUGCAGUUGCUGUGCACCAUGUUUGGGCCGCUGGAACCCACAUCCCUGGAAGAAAAGUUGCUGGAAGCCAAAUGCACGUCAUGGACUCUGGAUGAGCAGUCCCUGGGAGCUUAUUCCUUCAAUGCCGUUGGUAGCUCCUCCCGUGACCGCCUGACGUUGGCUUCACCGCUGGGAGCCUUGCACUUUGCCGGCGAAGGCACCAGCGAGACAUUUCCGUCAACAGUGCAUGGGGCACUGCUGUCCGGCCGCCGAGCCGCCUCGGAAGUGGUCGAAAAAAAACAUCGGCAGCUGGCGAGCGGAUGGCGUGGGCGGAUUUUCGUGCCCGAGCUCCGCGCGGAGCUUCGGGCCCUGGGCUUGGACGACCAGGGCGUGCGACGGAGCCUGGUGGAACGUUUACUUGCUGCAGUUGCGGGUGCAUCCAAGGCAACGGACCCCGCUACGGUCGGCGGCGAUGGCGGCGAUGGGGCGGCGAUGGUGGCGUUUGUGGUGAAUGCGAGCGUCGGGCAUAUGGCCCGCGUCGUGGGCGUCUUCGACGGGGAGUACCUCUUGGUUUUGGGAGACUUCACAGGACUGAGCAGUGCGCUGAACCCAAAGACCGGCAAAGUUCUCUGGUCUUCGAGCAGUGGGCUGGAUUCCAUCUCAAACGUGGCAGUGAAACCUGCGUCAAAUCUCGCGCUUUGCGCCAGCGGUUGGACCGGCAAUGUUUCGGCUUUGCAGGGCGAGAAGUCCCUCUGGACCCUAGAUGCUGGCGUGGGAGAAUACUCCCGUGUGGCCUGGUCUUCUGGGACGAGCUCGGCCAUCUACGGCGGCGGCGGAUCGGCACACAAAGUGGCAGGUGUCGACGCCGAAAGUGGAGUUGCACGCUAUUGCGUGGAUUCGGGCAUUGGAGCAGUCUGGACCAUCUGCACGGGCGCUUCCCAUGUCAUUUGCGGUGGCAGUUGGGCCAGGCCUGAGCACACAGCCCUGGUGGCGUGUUUAGACGCUGCGUCGGGUGCCCGGCGAUGGGCCACGGAUCCCAAAGUGGGUCGAUAUAUUGUAACGGCCUUGCAGCCCGAUGGAGGUGUGGCCUUCUGCGGGGGCGAAAAUGGCAUGGUUGCAGCUUUAAGCGAGACAGGUGAUAUGCUUUGGCACAGCUCUUCUUCCGUUGAGGAGGUCUGGGGCCUUGAACUGGUUGAUGACCUAGUCAUCUGCUCUGGCGGCUGGUCGGAGCAAGUGUCAGCUCUCGACCAGCAGACCGGAGCCCUGCGCUGGGGUCCUGUCAACGCCAGCAUCGGAAAGGUCUUCAGCUGUUCCAGCGCCGUGCCUUCGCUGCUUCUCUGUGGCGGUUCCGACGGCCUUGCCGCGCUCAACGUCAACAGCGGCGCGCUGCGUUUCACGCUGGACCUCAAAGAGCUGGGUGAAAUUUGGAGCAUGGUCUACGAUGCCGAUACGAGGCACCCGGAGUCGAACUGA